CCAGCCAUCAGUCAUUAAUCUUUUUGAUCAAAGGAGGUCUGUUGCCCCCACUCCAUUCCACCAGGAAUCCCCUCUUCACAGCGAGGCACCUGGUUGACCUACAACCAAAUUAACAUAUACAGAGAAAACAUACUACAGUAGCCUGCAAGCAUUCAAGCGGUGGCAUUUAAAUCCAGAAGCAAAACUAGAUAUAGUUUUUGUAGAUGCUGAGGAGAAAGGUGAAGGGACAGUGGAUGAAGGUGGCCUGACAAGAGAAUACCGAAGGCUGUUGAUGUGAGCCAUUCAUCAAAUAAGUAUCUUUCAGGGCCAUGAGAAAGAUUGGAGUUUGGCUCUUGACACUCAAGAUACAGGAAGCAACAACUGUUCUGGAGGCAAAUUGUGCCAUUAUAGAGGCAGCAGACAGUUACAUAUCAAGCCUCACAGAAAAGAACUCUCUUGUCCAGUCGGCUGCAGAUUUCAUUGUGAAUGGAAGACUGCAAACCGCCUUAAACCAGUUUGUAGAAGGAUUGCAAACUCUUGGUUUACUGCAAGAGAUGCAGAAGAAUUCUGCUCUGUUUUAUGAAAUGUUCGUCAGUGAGGAGAGGCCCCUCCAGGCAAAGGACCUCUGGAGUCUUUUUAAUGUGAACUUCUCCCCACAAGGCAGCAACAGAAGGACUAGAGAAAACCAGACAAUAUUCUACUGGAGGGACUGGUUGAUAGAUGUUGAAGAAAGACAAUGAGGAUGACCGAAUAAACACAGAUGACGACAUGAGUAAUGCUUCCAACUGUGAAGAUGAUGAAGUGGACAAGGAAAAAUCCUCCACAACUAGCCUGUUGUGUGCUGACAUUGAAGAGAACAAGAAAGAUGGCAGAAUAAAUACAGAACAUAUCAUGAGUAAUGCUUCCAACAGUGAAGAGGAAGAUGAUGAAGUGGACAAUGAAAGCUCCUCCAUAACUAGCCUGAUGUGUGCUGACAUUCAAGAGAACGAGGAAGACCUGUCAGAUUCCGAAGGGAACAUGCUUGAUUCUGCCAGGAGUGAAGAUGAAAAUGAUGUGGACAGAGAAGACUUGAUGGAGGGCAGUACUAGUGGAGAAAACGCAUCUGAAUUCUCAGUGGGCAGUGAAGAUAUAGCAGUUACUGGUGACAAGCCCUUGUCUCCUAGUGCAUCUCUUUCAAAAGGAGAAAGUGUAUUGAUGUUGAUGUCCUAUCUGUUAUGGCAUAAUUUAACCAGCAAAGCACUUACUCACUUACUGGAAAUGUUUAACAUAAUAUUUCCAGGUCUGAUCCCAUCUUCACAUUACCUUUUCCACAAAGAAUUUGGAAGUUCAUCUAAAUUUGUAGUUCACUUUUAUUGUGAAAGCUGUUUAAAAUACCUUGGCAUUAGAGCAGACUGUCCCUCUCAGUGUGACUCUUGCAACACAGUAUUUGAUGCCAAUGCAAACCUAAAGAAUGGAUUCUAUUUUCUUGUGUUGCCCCUGUAUGCACAAAUUCAGCAACUUCUGCAAGAACAUGGUGUCAGUCUUAAUGAAAAAACUAGAACCUUUGGGGUUCUCUCUGACAUUCAGUCUGGUGAAGAUUAUCAAAUGUUAUGUGUCAGUGGAGUUCUUGGAAAAGAUGAUUUGACACUAAUUUGGAAUUGUGAUGGCGCACCAGUGUUCAAAACUUCUAAAUGCAGCAUUUGGCCAGUUCAGUGUCAGUUAAUUGAACUGGGACCAGAAGUGAGGAAAAGGCACCUUUUGAAGUGAGCGUUAUUAUUUGGGCCAAGUAAACCAUCCAUCUUAACAUUACUAACACCAUUUGUUAACAAAGCCUCAUUAUUAGAGACUGAAGGUAUUGACUGGCAAGACAUACAGGGAAACUGGCAUGUUUCUAAAGUGUUUGUGCUGGUUUGUAGCUCUGAUUCGAUGGCUCGUCCAAUGCUUCGUAACGCAAAGCAAUUUAAUGUUUUUUAUGGUUGUGACUUUUGUUAUCACAAAGGUGGUAAAUCCUAUUCAUACGAUCAACCUGAACCCCCACUUCGAAAUGAGAGAGUUCAUUUCAGUUAUGCAAUGUCAGCUUCAGGUAAUGAGCCAGUGUUUGGAGUCAAAGGGCCAUCUUCUUUAAUGAAGCUUAGUCAUUUCCAAAUGAUAAAUGGUUUCAUUCCUGAAUAUCAACACAAUGUGUGCCUUGGAGUCACUCGGCAACUGUCCACAUUGUGGUUUGAUACAGCAAACAGUGAAGCCCCCUGGUACACUGGCAAACAGAUUGAAGCAGCUGAUUUGCGACUUGUAAAAAUAAAACCUCCUGUUGAGAUAACUAGGACACCAAGGUCAAUGAGUGAAAGGAAGUUCUGAAAAGCUUCAGAGUGGCGAGCAUUUCUCCUCUUCUAUGCUUUGCCUGUAUUUAAAAUGCAUACUCCCUGCCAGAUUUUGGAAUAAUUUGUUCCUAUUGGUGUUUGAAAUAUAUACAUUACUGCAGGAUAAGAUCAAGACUAGAAGCAUCUUGUUGUCAGAACUGGCUCUUAAAAAAAAUUUGUCAUUGAUUUUCAAAGACUGUAUGGGAAAGACAACAUGACUUUCAACAUACACUUGCGCACACGUCGCACGAUGUGUGAAACACUGGGGGCCAUUAUGGGCUACGUCAACCUUUCCAUUUGAAUCCAAUAUGAGCACUCUAUUGAAGUAUUUUCAUGGAACACAGUAUGUCCCUUCACAAAUAGCUAGAAAAUUUAUGUUGUGGAGAGAAUUGCCAGAAAGGCCAAACAUACAAGUGUAAAGGUCCAGUCAUUUGUUGAAGAACAUUAUUGUAAUAAGCGAAGAACAGAUAAAUGUGAAAUAUUAAAUGAAAGUGUCAAGGGUUUUGGGCAUCCCCCAUUGCAGGAAAAUAUCACAACUUCAUAUAGGCUUGCCAUUGCUAAGUUAUGUGGAAAUCUAAUGGGACUUUUCCACUGCACGGUACAGCUCAACUCAACUCGACUCUGCUCAAUUUUUGGGGGUUUUCCACUGUGGAUAGUACCUGGUACCUCAUACUUUUUAGUACCACCUCGGUCGAGGUUCCAAGUGAGCCAGGCCGAUACUAAAUGUGACGUCAAAACCCUGCAGAUCACUGAUUGGUCAGAGAGAAUCGUCACUACCAGCGUCACUGGAUUUGCGACACGGGACAUCAACCCGCUAGUUAGCAACAGCGACAGCAAUAUCAUUUGUUCACGCGACUUUCGAAUUGUAAAAAGAAAUGGCUGUGCGCAAAACCACGCCGUGGUCAAUAAACGAGGUGCAGACAUUCCUCUCACGGCUACCACCGGACCUACCAACAGUGUAGGGAAAAGUUAAAAAAAAUUUAAAAGUGACUACAGAACCAUCAAGGACCACAACAGCCGGAGUGGUUCAAACAGAAGAAAGUGGAAGUGGUUCGACCAAAUGGAUACUAUGGCAACAGACCGGCGAGCAGUGGGAGGGAGAGCGCCCUGGACUCGGCGUUGAUGGAGUCCACGAUGGAGGAUGGUACGUUUUGUUACGUUAACUCUAUAUUCUGCUUGAAAGCUUCACUUUAUUUAGUUGACCGCUACUGGAAAGCUAACUUCCAAAACAACCAGGCCAAUUUAACUGUUACACAUGUGUAAUCUCACCAUGCAACAACUGCUUUAUGCAGCACAAUGAGCUAGUUGCUAACAGCUAGCGGCAGUGUUAUUGUUUAUGGUCAGUAAUGUUUGUCACAUUUAAGAUGAUGUCACGGCAGUAGAGGCAGCGCAACUAUGACGAUUAGCCUAUAAUCCCACCCACGUUGAGGCGGCACUAAACUGCAGUGGAAAAGCGAGGAGAGUCAAGUCGAGUUGAACCGUAACGUGUAGUGGAAAAAUGCCAUAAGUAACUGCUUCUGGUCUUACAACCAUUUCUUGGUUAAAGGAGUUCUGUAUCACACUCAAAAAUAUAACCAACUUACGAAAAGAUACAACAGUGCUGUAUAUUUGGAAGAUGGUACAUUGUUUAAUUAAUGACUUGUUAAAUCUAGCUGGCCUUUAUGUAAAGAUUCACAAAUAAAUGUACAGAGUACUUUUGUGCAUGAGGUUAGGAAGACUGGAAACAUCAGUGCCAUCUGGCCUGAUUUGAUAACAAUGAAAUGUGUUGAAACAGUUGACAAUUUGUACAUUAAACCUUUGCCAAAUCCAUAUGAACGGGACUAAAAGAGAAGU